AGAGAUAUGCGGUAACUUUAACUCGCGCUGUCAUUAGAUUCGGUGGAAUGGCACACGUUGGGGACUAUUUACAAAUUAUAUUUGGGAUUGGAUUGUAUCUCGGAGGUGUUAGCUGUAUUGUAAUAGAUUCAUUUGCUGGUUUCCACGUCCCCGGGGGAACGGAGAUCGCAGGAGCGACCACAGCGACAGAAUGCAUCAACAUCUGCGAGACUCAAUCAAGGUGCAUGGGAGUUGACUUCGACCAGCAGAGAUGUUUCAGUCACGAUAUCGACAACGUCGAAUACUUAUGUAGUACUGCUUCUUUGCAAACACUUGCAUCGAGUACUCACUACAGGCUCGUUAAUUGUUCUCUGCCAGUCCUUGAACAAUACAGUGAUGUCAAUGUAUUUGGAGCAGUGUUAGUGCCGGGUGUCAUCACAGCUAGGGACUGCCUUAAUUCCUGCAAUGCGUCCUGCUCAGCUGUUGACUUUAAUUUCCUGUCAAACCUGUGUUAUUCACACGAUACAACGACAACUUGUAACUCUUUUAACGUCGUCAA